AUGGUGUUCUCACCAACGGGUGUGCAAGAAAACGGAUCUAGUGUGAUUGUGUACAGGAACUCUGACCUCCGCAAGUAUCAGAUUUUCACAUAUGCCGAGUGGCCAGGCGGACUGUAUGGAUCUCCCAGUAUAAUUGGAUCCAGAACAGGAGGUAACAUUGCAGCGUCCUGGGCCUCGAUGAAGGCUCUAGGCGAGUCGGGAUACAUGAAGAAAGCCAAAGAACUGAUGGACAUUACCGAGACUCUUAAGAACGGUAUCAGGAAAAUAGAUAAAAAACCCCAACAUAAAUUGCACGGGCUGUGUAUUUUGGGACAACCGAAAAUGACGGCAUUUGCCAUUGGUUCAGCGGAUCCCGACAUGGAUAUUCUUGCCGUUUGUGACGUCAUGGAAACAAGAGGCUGGAAGAUGGAGCCACAAAACCCACCCUGUAUCCACUGCUCCAUACUCCCCCGCCAUCGCAACUCCACGGACACUUUGCUCAAUGAUCUAGAGUUCAGCGUGAAAGAGGCCAAGGCGAACAAAUCUCUGGCUAAGAAAGGAAUGGCAGGGAUGUACAAUACGAUGGCCAAGGUGCCUGACAAAACCAUCAUAAAUUAA